AUGGAGGUUAAGCUUGAUGUUCUCAUCUCUACGUGUAUCAAGCAAAGAAAACCGUGGCCUCGCAUCUCAUGGAUCGGACAGGAAAAGGAGGCUGUAUUUCUUCUAGAUGAUAGACAUAUAAAUGAAAUUAACUUGGCAUCAGGGAAGACAAAGAAGAAGAUUCCUCGACUGCAGUCAUUGUUGAAAAAUGUAGUUGUUUUGACAACAUCAAGAAAUGGUGCUUGGUUGGCAGGAAUGCUUAAAACAGGAGAGCUGUUUCUUUGGAAUAAAGAUCGGGACUGCUUGAAAAUUGUGCCAGCAAUCGAAGAGUCUAAGAGAGUAGUUGCAGCAGCUGAAGAGUGUUUAAUGAGAUUGUACUUGUAUGUAUCUGGAGAUGGCAGAAAGGCACUAUUAACUACUCCUACAGCAUGUGUCUUUUUGUGGGAGAGCACAGACCGUGAAAACACAUCCUCUUGCAAAAAUUCUUCUUCUGGGCGUUGGACACGAAUUCUGUCUCAUGAAUCGGUCAUGUUGCCUUCUACUGAAGAGAAGGAAAUUGGAGUGCAUGCUGCUUUUAUACAAAACGAGAUACUUGGUGAUCGCUGUUUAUGUUCCUUUGUGUUUUACUCUGGAGAAUGUUUGGUGCUCACAUUUUUGUCUCUACAGUGGCCUGAAAAUAGCUUUAAAUAUGUUAGUUCUUUUCCAUACCAGAUCCACUGGGUACAGCAGACUUGUUCUCUUGUUGAUUUGGUUCCUCGAUGUGUGUCUGUGAAGUCAAGAGGAGCUUUGCUGUGUGCAUUUGCAAGAGAUGGAUUUCUCCUUGCAGUGGCUGUUAAUCAAAUUGAUCCAAAGGCAACUCAGAUUUUGUUUUUAAAUACAUUGAAUUGUGUAACUGUUUCGGGUAGCCUUAAAGGCUGUAGUAGCAGGAAUAGCAAGGUGCCAUCCAAGUUUAUCAGAUCUUACUGGGUUGUUGAUAUGAGCUGGACUCCUGAUAGCCUUUUCUUGGCUUGUAUGUUAAAACGUGGAUCUUUGAUUUUAUUGACAUGUAUGGGUGAAAUGCUGACUCUGAUUACUUCUGGCUGCUCUGUGGAAUUUGGACCAGCAGAGUUUAUUCCACUUCAUCCACUAAUAACAUACAGACAGCAGCACUCUUUUUUUCAAGACUCCAGUCAGUCUCUUGGUUCUUCAGCUUCUGAAAGUGACCUUAUGAGGCAAAGGUUCUCUGUUGCUUCCCAUUCAAGACUACCCUACCUCAUUGUCUCUGAUGGGUACAUGAUAACAUUGCUUAGGUUUCCUAACAGCCUUUUACCAUCAGAAUUUGUAAGAUCCCUUUUGCUUGAUUCAACCCAACGACUCGAAAAUGUCCGUCGGAAUUUGCUGAACUCUAAGUCUAAAAGGAGAUCUCUGUGUUCACGGUCACUGUUGUCUUUAAAAGCAAGUCUUUUAAAACACACUCAAAACCAAAGUUCUAUCUUUUCCACCAUUCCAAAAUUCCUGGAAGGGGACACAACGGAAGUGAUGGAGAAAACCAUGGAUUUGCUGGACUAUGAAGAAGAAUCAGAUGAUGAAAAGCAGUUUUGCAAUAGCUCUUCCAGCUUCUCUAGCCAAAGGAUCCAGUCAUUUGUUGGUAAAGCUGAUCAAGGCCACUUGGAAUUUGCAUCAAUGUUUGAUACUAUCCAUGCAAAAGACAAUAAUGAAGGGAAAGAUAAGUUAUCAGUUGAACUCUGUUCCAUUCAGAAAAACCUCCUUGCUGCAUGGCAGAUAGGAAUUUCAAAAAAUGUAGAGGAGAAAGAUUUGUUGCUGAAUUACACAGUGAAUUGCAUUAUCCAUUUUUUCAACAUCCUUCGGUUUGUGAAAUGCUCAUUCUUAAACCAGGAUGCAUCUUUAAACAAGUCUAUGAAGAAUACUCACUGGAUGCAUUGUGUCCUAAAAUAUUUUCAGCAUUGUUUGACUGUCUUGUACUGGCAUUCAAGAGCUUGUGUAACUGAACACAUAGCAAAGCUGACAUUACAAACUUUAAAACUGAUGUUUGUACAACAUGAAGACCAGUUGUUCUCAAAAAACCUUUUGGCGUGCUUCUGUCUUUUGAAAAUGGUUUCUUACACUCUGAGUAGUGUGGGUGUACCACAGUAUGAGAAUUUUUUUGCUUCUCCUUGUGGUAAUAGUCUUGUGGAACUCGACUCCCUCACUGUGCCUAUUUUUCAAGUUCUGGAUGAGAAUACUACUGAGCAACUCAGCUCACUGAAAUCUCUACUUAGGGAGCCUCCUCAAGCAGUAAACCCUGAUGCAAAACCAGAAAAAAGGUUGACUGUUCUGUGGCGAUUAUUGUAUAAGAAAGUGGUUUUGUAUCAGAUGCAGCUGAAUAGAAAAGUGAAUAAGCAUGUAGAAGAAGAGUCGGUUGUCUCAUUGCUUUUAAGUCACAUACAAGCGACCCUCCAGUCUUCAGGAGUGACUUCAGAACAACAUUUGAAGAUAAAUUCUGUUUCUGGUGAGGAGAAGUUUCUCUUAGGCUCAUACAGAGAAUCUGUGGACAUUUGGAAAAGAUCUCUUUGUGAAGUCAAGGCAAAAGGAGGAAAAAGAGCAUGUUUUCUUCAGAGUAGAUAUUAUCUUGCCAUAUUGUUUUGCCACCUUUAUCAAUAUAAUUUGUGUGAGGCUCAGGGGCUCUGUGAUCAUCUGGUAAGAGAGAUUCUAAGGCGAUCACAGCUCUCAGCUGUGAGUCACAUGGAAAAAUUUUCAGAUAUGGAGUAUUUUCAGCAUGAACUGUGGAUGGUAACAGAUGUUCCUACAGAAACAGCUAUGGCUGUGAUUCGAUGCAUGGCAAGAUUCAUGGCUGCUUAUUUCACAAAUCAUCUGCUCUAUAUCUUUCCACCCCACAGUGUUGACAUCCUGCAUCCCCUUCACAUCAAACAAGACCUAUCUCCUCGUGUUAUUCCACUGCAACACUGUUUGGUUAGCAGAGCUGUCAGGGAGCAAAACCUUUCAUCUGUGUGGACAGCUGAAUAUGCUCUUGAUUUGUUCUUUGUUGGUGGCCUCAUUCCAGAGGCUGUGUGGUUAACAAACACACUUGGGGACUGGAAACUGUCUGUUUCACUUGGUGUGGCCUACAAACUGUAUUGUCAGAAGUCUGAGGACUUCUCAAGACUGAAAACCAAAGAAUGUCACCUGCCUUUAAGUUUAUCACCAGUGCAGACUUUUCAGGAAAAGCUACGAUUUUUGUUAGGACAGCCGGUUACUUCUGAAACAUCAGGAUGUAUUAAAUACAAGCAGUUCACAGAUCCCAUCGAAGAGGAAGAUGCAAAUGUUCUUUAUAGUUCAAUACAGGAACUACUGAAAGCAGCUGUUAUGGCAGAUGCUGAUAUUCUCUCUGAGAUGUUUCAGCUUUUGAUGGAUUCUGCCAAGGAUUUUAGCAGAAAACUGUAUGGUUUAGUUCCAGAUGGGCUGUAUCUUCCAGCACCACCGUUGUACUGUCCUCAGCCAGCUUCUCUCAGUGAAGUAAGUGAAGACUGCAAUGACAUUCUUCUAAAAAUUGAGAGAGAAAGUCGCCAGAAAGUGUCAGGAGUUCUUCAGCGAAUCAUCUUGCUCUUCCGGGCUGCUCAUUGUUCCUGCUCUGCAGCACAGUGGUAUAUUACACAACUGAAAUGGGCAAGAAAAGUUAUGCAAAAAAUUCGAAUGAAAGAAUCUCUUCCUUUGCUGAAUCCAUUCCCAGAGACUUUGCUCCGUUACUCCCGUUUCCACACUGUUUUCUACAGAUCUACAUCUUCUGGAAACCAUCAGUUUGAUGAUAUUACCUGUAAAGUUUUAGGUUGGUUCAGGGACCUGUGUGCAUUGUGUUGGAUGUUCCAUGUUCGUGAAAGAUUAUCUGACAGCUGUAGGCGGUACCAGACUGCAAGGGAAAAUAUAAACAAUCAUGAGGAUCUGAAGAAGAAUGAAUAUGAUGCCUCCACUGUUGAGCAUUGUCUGAAUGCAGUGGAGUGGGCUUGUCGAAUGCUUCCUUUCUGCAGGUUCAUGAAUGUUGAAGAAUUAGUUCAAGACAUAACUUUGAGUCUGCUUGGAGAAUUGCCACCAGUGAAAAAGGUGGCAGAGAUUUUUGUAAAAGCAUUUCCUAAUCCUGAAGAUGUAAGAGUUGCCUUAAGAGAUAAGUAUCAUGGACUUCAGCAGCGACUCAGCCAUAGUAUUGUUAAAGGUCCUGAAACUGAGGAAAUGAUGUCUGUUGUUAUACAGGCUGCUGAAAAAGUGAGAAUGAGGGUUUUGAGACGUAUCAUAAGGAACAUAGGCCCCAUUGAAAUUUAUAUUUGGGAGCCAACAGAAGAAAGAGCAGCAGAUGGUGAGGAACACUGCUAUGACAGAUUCUCAUUAGGCACUAGUCUAAGCAGAAGCACACUUACUGAUCUUGGGAGUCCUCAGAUGUACAGUGAUCCUGACACAGCAGAUACACUUUCUGAUGCUUUGUUUACUGAAGAAACCAGAGCACAAACACCAUCACUACAAAGGGAUAAUGAACAUCAGAAACAAGGAGAAACAGACAGCAAAAAUACCACAUGCAAGAUAAAAGCUCUUAACUGGAAAAUAAAGCAUAAAGGCAAAGUGUAUGGGAAAGACAUGCAUAAUCAGUCUAAUUUGCCUAUAGUUGGUGCAUGGGAAUUUGAGCGUGAUGAUGAUGAAUAUAUUGUUUUUUUAGAACUCUUUUUGAGUUAUAUUCUUGAGAGAGACCUGAUGAAGUACAAUGACCUCGGAAUUCCAUUUCUUAGUAGCUUUUCUGAACUUCUUCGAGAGCGUGAAUUAAACUCUCUCUUUUUUGAUGUUCAUACAACACUAAAACGUCGGCAGCGCAAAACUAAAAACCAAAGUGUGUUCAGAGCAGGGUCUUGCUACACUGUUAUCCUGGCAUCUUCUGAUCCUGAAGCAGCAUCUGUUUGUAAUGAAAAUCAAAAUAGUUUUGAAAAUCCAACUAUUGUACAGACAAAAGAACCUUCUUUGCAUAACCUAACGAAAGGACAUAAUGAAGGAUUAUUUGGUUUAAAGCACAAUUCAAUUUACAGAGCUCAAAGUGACAAUCAAGAAGUCACUGUUGCACCAGCAAGCCAGACCUUUCCUAAUCAUACUUUCUGUAGCCUGCAAACUAAGGCAAUUUCUAAAUAUAUUUACAAAACUGUUGAUACAGUUGAUACUGUACCAGGAGAAGAACUAACUAUAGAAUUAAUUGAGAAGUUGAGCACUAUUGCAAAAUUUCUUGAGUGGAUGAUCAGAUGGUCUGAUAAAAGAUUGCUUUGUGGUUCCAAUAAACAAGAUUUCUUCAAAGAGAUUCACCCAAGAAUACAUGUGAAAACAUCAUCAGCUGCUGUCCUUAGUUCUUUGUGGCUAGUUGAAAAGUUUUACGGAGAUGGAUCUCAAGCAAAGAAUAUAAAAUUUAAGAGCCUGGAUUAUCAAUAUCUGAAAGAAUUUGCAUCUCUAUCAGAAGGCCAGUCAAGAACAGAGAGGAAAAGUAGUACAGAUGAUGUCUCUUCCGUAUUGGCCAAUCCUCCUCUUGGUGUCCAGAGUGUACAACCCCUUGAUGAACUUUGUGAAACUGGUUUUGGAAUGUCAUCAAAGUCAAAAGAUUUUAAUGAAAUGGAAAUUAACCAUGGGAAUUAUUCUGUAACUCAUAUGACUGAAGAUCCUAAGGAAGUGGGACUACCUGUUCAGGAGGAGUUAGAUGCGACAUCAGAAAGAGAAGAGUUCUUUGAGGAGCCAUAUGAAACUCCAAAGACCUCCAGUAGUUCUGUCAAGAUCAAACCUGUAGAACAACAGAGAGGAAAGCAGGUCUCUGUUUCAGAUGUAAAUAGUCCCUGGGAAGCUCAAAAGGCUCAAAAAACAAGAGAAGGAAAGGCUCAGCAGAAUGUCAUGACUGAAGUUGCUAGUAGCACUAUUUCUCACUCGGUCUCAUUAAAACAAGAUGCAGCAGUUCCCAGUAAUAUGAUAGACGUUUCUCUAAGUGGUGGUCAGACUUCUCAGACUGUUGUGUCAACAGUGUCAAGUGUUGAUUCCAAUACUUCCAUUUGUGCAAAGAAGAAAGAAGUCAAGGAAAAAUUUCCUACCGAACACAAACAAAACACAUCAGAAAAUGUGGGGCAGAUGCUCCAAGAUGAAAUGUUCAAACUAGUUCAGCUACAACAAAUCAACUUCAUGAGUUUAAUGCAAAUAAUGCAGUCAUCCUUUGCCAACUUGCCAAAUGUGCAACAAAUUUUGCAACACCAUCAAUGUGCUCACCUGGAAGGAAGCCAGCCUGCACACACUGCCAAAGUUAAUGGCUCUCCAAAAACACAACUACCCACUCAAGAAGAUAAAAGAAGACGUGGUCAAAAGAUCACCGAUCUUAAGCCAAGGAAUAGUUCAAGAGACGAAAGCAGCAGUGGCCAUAUAAAAGUAGACAUAAACAUUUCUUUAAGCGAAUUGGAAAGCCACAGCAAAGAAACAGUAUUUAUGCCUCCACCUCAAGAUUUGCCUUCUUCAGCACCUACUAAACCACUUAAUCUCCUAGCUCCUUCCUCAAACAUCCAGAAAAUACCAAAGCUUAUCUCUAUUGAGAAAACCACGAAGUAUUCAAAUGGGUUUCCUUUGCUCAAACUUGAAUCAGGUUAUCAUGUCAAACCGGCAUUUUUACACCCAGUAGAAAUGUCAUCAGCUUUUGAUAGACCACCCCUGGUACCACGAGUUGCUUGGAGUUCAUCAGAUUCCUUAUGGAACCAUCAGUCACCAUACACACCAAGAAAGAGUAAGUCAAAAGAAGAUUCGAACACAAGUAGAUAUGACCCUGAAAUCCCGAGGAAAAUGCAUGAGGAAGAGAAAACAUGGGCAGAAACAGAUCACAAGGGACCUCCUAAACAUCUGAAUCUAGAUCAGUAUGAAGAUCAGCAAGAAGUUUCAUCUCGGCAGCAGUUCCCUGCAAAUGUGAAUAUGGACAAAUCCCUGAUCACUCAGAACCUGGCUGGUAUUCCACUGUUGCACUUGCAGCUUUGCCCAGUACCUAUAUUUCCACCAGCUGUAAGGCAGCCAGUCCCUGCUACUUUAAUACCUCUUAAGCCUGCUACAAAUGAGACUAACUGCAGAGAAACACUACAGCACACAGGAAUAUCACUACUCCAUGCUAACUUACUUCAAAAGAAAGAGGCACCAAAACUCAUUCCAUUUCAAGACCUCAUUGCGUUUGAGCAACGUCACCAGCAUCAUACUGUGCCCAGUACUUCCUGUGGACAAGACCAAACUGAACCUAUUAUGUUACUGAAGACUGAUGUUGAACCAUUUAAGCUAAGAAAUCUGCAGAAUAAUAUGAAAAGACAGAAGAGGCGUGAUAUGAAACAAAUGAAAGAGGAUGAGGAAAAGAAGAAACAGAAAGAGAAUGAGGAAAAGAAGAAACCAACUGUGUCCUGUCCAGAUGAUGCCAUCAUCAAUAUUAAUGAUAAAAUGAAGGACGCUGAAUCAGGAAGUGGGGAUCAAAAAGCAAAAUCUACAUCUCACCUUCAGGAUGGUUUUUUCAAUUCAAUGGACACGCCAAAAGAAGCAAUUAUUACUUCAGCAGAUCUACAUUACAUGGCUUCUACAGGAAAGAAACCAAAGGAAGCUCAAGAUGCGAGUACAAACACUAAUCCUGUGCUCAUAUCAUAUCGGGAUAUUGGAAUCAAUACUGGAAAUGAGAUUUCUGAAGUUCUAAAAAAAGAGUCAAUCAUGUCUGUUCCUGAAUCAGAAUCACCUAGUACCCUUGAGAUACUGCCACCUGAGACAUAUCCAAACCUGAGAUUGCCCACUGCAGUGGGUGAAGAACUUUUACCAUCCUUUCUGUCAGAUGCACGUGAUUUGAGUAAACAUGAAUAUGUCAGUGUGACUGACAUUGAAGACAGUAACAUCCUUAACAAUUUGCCCACUAUUCCUGAGUCUGAAGAAGAGAUAGAUACUGCACAGCAAGAUGAGAAGUCUGAAAUUCCAUCUACUGCAAAACUUAAUGACAUGGCAGCUUCUGUUACUAAUGCAAUUCCACCUGAGGUGCUUCAGAAGAAAGACGAUCAUCUGAAAAAUAUAUCAUGCCAAGUGCAAAUGGAAGAUUUUGCUAGAGAUGGUACAAUAUGGAACAUACUACUUGAAGACGACAGAACUUCCCCUUCUUCAGGGCUUCCAUCCAAAGUAAUUGGCAAAGAAUACUUUUCUAAAAAGCAGCAGGAAAUGGAUAUGCAAUUAGAGACACUACAGAAGGUAACAAAAAGUAUGGAGAAGGAUUUCAGAAAUUCCAGAUUGCUCUUGAAAAUAAUAGAAGAAUUUGAAAUGGCUGCUGAUUCAGACACUGCUGCUCACCCUUCACUCUCUGAAGAUGCUAGAAUCAUUGAUGAUGGCUUUCACGUAUAUGGAGAUCUAUGUGAUAGCUAUUUGGAAGAUUCCCUGCAGCCCACUGGUCUGAGUGGUGUUACUGACAUCAUUAGUGAUAAUGCAGCAGAAGGUGAUGUCUCACCGUUGGAUAUGGGCUUUGCAGAAAUACGAGCUAAGAAAAUCUCUAGGUAUCCUCAAAAAACAGAAAAGGAGAAGAAGGAGAUACAAGCAUGGAUGAAAAGAAAGCAAAAGGAAAGAAUGAGAGAAUACAUGAAGAAACUCGAUGAACAAAGACAGAAAGAACAUAAUCCAUUCAAUUUAAGAAGGAAUGUGCAUUGCACUCUUACUUCAAAGGCUAUUAAACACUUACAGAAGAAGAAAGAAGAAAAAGACAAAGCCCUGUUAUCUGAACAUCACAGUGUGAGAAUAUCACAGGCACUUUCUUUGAUGAAUGAAUUGCUAUCUGAAAGAGUGGUGUUACCUGCAAAUGAACACAAGCAGUUUUCCAGGACAGGAUCACCUCAAGAGUCCAGAAAAAUGCAUAUGGCAUUUACUAAAGGAGCGCAUCUGAACAGUCCUGUUCUGUCAGAAAGGAGCAGAGUUGCUGCCAAACCCAGCCUUGGUCAGAAAGUACAGCGUUUCACUUCAACUCUUGGUUUAACACAGUCCAGGGCUACUGCUCAGAGAGUCAGCAGAGCAUCAAAACAAAAGGCUCCACACAUACUCAGAGCAGCUCAGACAGAAAAUAUUGAUCAAGAGACUGAUCGAGACAUAGUAAGUCCUUGGACUGUGCCUGAUGAUAUCCAAAGAAUACUUCAAGAUACUCAUGACUCCUUGUUUCAGGCCUCUGUGUCACAUCCUUUGCGUUCUUCUCCUCUUGGCAUUAUCAACACUGAUGGAGUUUCUGAAAGCACGGGAAGUAUCCUCAGCAAACUGGACUGGAAUGAAAUUGAGGCUAUGGUAGCAGAUGUGGAAGACAAAUGAACAGAAUUUCUCAAGUGCUGUGUGCUUCUGAGCAGUUGCUGAUGCCUGGUUUAAUUUUUUUAAAGUAGUCCUUGUUCUACUUCAAAUGAACUGAGGCUUGCAUUACUUUUCUUUUUAAACAGCACAGGAAGUCUUACUCACCUACUCCUUUCAGUCUUGCUUAGAUGAAAUUCAGUUCCUUAACAUGCAGUUUGCUUUCCAUGUGUCUUCAAAUCAACAAGAAAUAAAUAUUUGUAAAAUGCAGACCAGCAAUCUUAAACAAGAACUUC